UUGUUUCCCUUAGAAACCAGGACGCGGAGAGAAUCCGAGUGAAGGACGAGUUAAUUAAAAAAAAAAAGAGACAAAGCACCAAUAGCAGAGCAGACAACGAGUCUUCCCGCUCCGCCGUCCGCCCGAUGGAGAGUAUUUAUGGAGCCGAGUGCGUCCGGGCGAGCAGACGACGGGGGAACCGGUCAUGACCAAGUCAUGGAAGGUGGAGAUGAACCUGGCAGAAGGACCAGCAAACGACUGGGGACCAAUCGAGGCCCAUCGCGUCUCGUACAAGCGGUUCAGGAGGCGGAUCAUCCGGCGGAGCGCCAGCGGGGGUCCCGCCGCCAGCACCCCGCUGGCAGCGGGACCCCCGCCGGCCACUUGGCGGCAGCGUGAGUCCAGCUUUCAGCUCCACACGGUCCGCCAGAGGCUGCAGCUGGAUUCUCCGCCGAGAAUCCGCGAACCGGCCCGGGACGGCCGGCACCGAGAGACAGCAAACACACCACGCUCCUUUCCUGCCGGGGGACGGCCCGCACCAGAAAAUACCCCACAACAGGGAUGGGUGUGGAAAGCUGCGUUUCCAGAACAUGAAGGUGCAUAUCAGGCCGGGACUGAUGAGAGAAGACGUGCUCUGCAGCCCUUUGCUCUCUUGGACGAAACAAAAACAAGGCAGCAGGGAAAGUCAGUGAUGAAGCUGGCGGCACCGUCGCUGCUGAAUGACUACUAUACUCACCUUCUCGACUGCAGUUGUGAAGGUGUGCUCGCGUUAGCGCUGGGCUCUUCGGUCUACCUGUGGAAUUCACAAACUGGGGCUCUGGCGGGAUCUUUGGACCCGAGUCCACAACCGGGACUGGCGCGCCAUCGGGCGCCGUCCAUCUCCUGCCUGAGCUGGAGCAGGGACGGCGGCGUCCUCUGCAUCGGGACCCGGCAAGGAGAGAUACAGCUGUGGGAUGUCGAACACAAGCGAAACAUGAGGUGUCUGCCGUCACAUCUUUCCGUGGUUAGAGGGCUUUCCUGGAACCAGCACUUACUCAGCAGCGGCUCUGCUCUCGGAGGCAUCCAUCACCUGGAUCCCCGGGCUCCUGAGCCUUUGGUGGGCGCCGUGGUCCAGGCGGAGGAGGUCUGCGGCCUCCAGUGGUCCCCGGGAGGCGACCGGCUGGCCAGUGGCUCCACAGGGGGCCUUCUCUGCAUUUGGGGGGGGGACAUGGCGGGGAUCACAUGGUCACGUCAGCCAAUCUCCACGAUGAGACAGCCUAGCGCUGUUAAGGCAAUGGGUUGGUGUCCGUGGCAAAGAGGAAUGAUCGCCACAGGAGGCGGAUGGAACGAUGGGGACCUGAGAGUCUGGGACACCGAUUCGGGGACUUGCGUGACUUCUGCAAACACAAAUUCUCAGAUCUGUUCUCUGCGCUGGGCCCAGAAGAAGAAGUGCCUGGUCACAGGUCACGGCCUUCCUGAUCACCAGGUCAGCUGCUGGUCGUGCCCCGUGCUCCCGGCCCUCGGCCCGGUCUACCGGAUGUCAGGUCAUUCUCAACGUGUUCUGCACUUGGCAGUAAACCCUGAGGGCUCUCAGAUUUUCUCUGCUGGAGCAGACCAGCAGUUUCACAUCUGGGACGUGUAAUUACACAACAUGGUGGAACAUGGUGAAUUCUGGAGACCUGUGUAACAUGUGUCUGACCUGGGUCUUCAUUGUGUGGAAGAUUCAUAAUGUCUAUCUCCUGUUCUGAGCUCAUCACAAUGAAAAGUUAACAAACUCCUAUCACUGUAUAAGAUAGCAUCAAAACACUGAAGAUUCUGGGGGCUUGAUUCUCUGUUUUUCAGGUGCAUGUGUUUUUGCACGAGUUCACUUCUCACGGUGAGUGUACGUGUCAUAAGAUGUCGAGACAUGUAUACGGCGACACUUCUCGCUUUCAAGUGUGCAGCCACACUGGACUUCAGACAUGUCAUGCAAAAGUACCUGUGGUGAAGACUUCCUUUGAUUAAAAGAAACAAGACCCCAGUUCAAUGCAGUGUAUUUUGGUUAAAAUGUGCAGACACAGACGUGUCGAAGAGACGCUGCAAAGUGUGAGCGGUCUGUCCCCGCCAACAUCUAAUUAUUGAGCCUCCACCACAAGUUCAACAACACAAAAACACUGUUGAUUCAAUACAGAAGUCAAUGAUACAUUAUCCCUCCAGCAGCACUGUACUUUGCCUAUUCCAAUUAAAACACAAUUUUAUGCUCCAAA